AUGGGUAACGUGCUGAGUUGGUUCGAAGGGCUCUUCUCCAAGAAGGAUGCAACUAUCCUCAUGGUGGGUCUUGAUGCGGCUGGAAAAACAACAAUUUUAUGGAAGUUAAAGUUGAACGAAGUCCAGCAGACAGUGCCUACGCUUGGAUUCAACGUGCAGACAGUGGAAUAUAGAAACGUGAAGUUUCAUCUUUGGGAUGUUGGUGGGCAGAAGCUUCUUCGCUCCCUCUGGAAGCAUUACUAUGAAGGUGCCAAUGCCAUUAUUUUUGUCGUCGACAGUAAUGACCGGGAUAGGGUGAUGGAAGUGCGGAGUGAGUUGACUAAGUUGCUUGGAGAACCUUUGUUGUCUUCGGCCACUCUCCUAGUAUUUUGCAACAAACAGGAUCUUCCCAAUAGGUUAACACCCGGAGAGCUUGUUGAUAAAUUGGGCUUCCGCGAGCAGGGUGCAGCGGGACUCGGGCCAUUGCUGCGCGAGCGCCAAUGGUAUGUUCAGGGAUGUUGUGCUCAAACUGGAGAAGGAUUAUUUGAGGGCUUAGACUGGUUGUGCAGUCACUUACCCGAUACGCAUUGA